UAAGUUACAGGGACCGUUCCCAUGGUAACUGCAGGAUCCAAGUGUAAACAAGUUCUCUGACAACAAGGACAGUGCAACAUUGUCAGCUAUAUGGCAGUAAUCCGGAGGAAAGCGCCCCGGGGCAAGAAAGGGAAAAGGAAGAAGAAAGCUGGAAAACAUGAAGCAAAAGCGGAUAAACAGCAGGAAGCAGAGCGAGCGAAGGCAAAUGUGUCCUUGUGGGAGUCCAUGCUGAAGGCGACCGAAUUUUCCAGAUCAGAGUACCGGGAUGCAGCCCGCAGCCUGGCCCGGAACAACGAGCAGCUGACCAACAACCAGUAUCAGCUGGAGAAGGACAUGUUGGAUGUCAUAGGGUUUAUGAAGAGACAGGACAUGGAAAAAGAUGAGCUGAUCGAGACAUUGAAGCAACAACUGGUAGAAGAGAAGAAACUUGCUGAAGAAGAGAGGGAGAGGCUGGUGACAACACACAGAAAACAGAUCACUGAUCUGGAAGAGAAGUGUGCGCAGAAAGCGGCACAGAUGCAGAUUCUUAUGUCCGAGCUCAAGCUGAUGAAAGAAUUCCGCCGACGCAAGCCGGAGCUGGAGAGAGAGCUGGACCAGAUUAAGGAUAGCCUUCUCCGAGCCAGCCAGGAUCAUAGAGAAGCUCUGGCCAGUAUGGAGAGACGCAUGCUUCAGGAGAAGCAACGGCUGGAAAAGGAAGCAGAGAAGAAGAUCAUAAUGCUGACUGAGAAUGCCCACACCGAGGCUGUCAUACACGUAGGUGAGGCCGGAAGAUCUGUCUUUAAGGAGAAUGUGCGUCUGAAAGAGGCUCUUUCCUAUCACGUGAAUGAGGCCCGUGAGCUACAGAAAAGCGUCACACAGCUUCAGGCCAGGACGAAGCAACUGCUGCUGGAACAGGAAACCAGCGAGCAGCUGGUGCAGGAGAAGGUCCUGCAAGGGUCUCAGAAGAGCGCUCACAUACAGGAGCUGCAGCUGACAGUGAGAGCCCUGGAGCAGGCUCUGCAGGCAGCGACGCUGGAGAAAGAGGGCGCCAUUCAGAAGUCGCAGCUCAGGAUGGAGGUGGCGGACCAGGCAGAGCGGGUGGAGCUGCAGAAGCUGCAGAAAAUGCUGGAGAUGAAAGACCGAGAGCUGAAUCGUGUAAAGAAGCUUUCCCACAACAUACUGCAGGAGCGGACAGAGGUGGAACGCUUCUUCCUAGAAGCCCUGGAGCAGGUGAAGCAGGAGAUUAAAUCCAGCAGGAGCUAUUAUCAGAAGAUGGCCCAGGCAGCAUAUCACAGCCGGAUGCUGCAGGCAGCGGCAGGAACGGAGCAGUACCCCAAGAUCAGGACGUUCCAUAACAAGGACCAUAGCACCAACGAUGUCAGCCAGGACCUCACGGAGGCUGAGAAAUGGUCCCAUCUACAGGCUGGGAGAGUUGACGUCGGAGAUCUGACAUGGGAGCAGAAAGAGAAAGUGCUGCGGCUGCUGUUUGCGAAGAUGAAUGGUUCGGUCAUCAGGAAAAGGACUCCUGGAUGGAGAAACGCGAUGGUCCCAGCAGGCAAGAAGGAGAAAGGGCAUCGUCCCAGGGAACAUGGGGAAAUGGCGGAGAGUUCCAGCACAGUCUUCAUAACGCAACACGUAACAGAUCAGUCGCUGACUAGUUUGGUGUUACCAGAUAUCCACAUGUUGCAAAACGUCAAGUUAUCGGCUGAGAGACCGCGUUUAUCCGAGACCGCCUGAGACCACCGCAUCUGUAUUCAUACAUCUCUAUAUCACUGUAUGAUGUGAGCGGCCUUUUCAUGUACCGGCAAAUAAAAGGUGUUUCUCUCUUA